CAUCUCCUCGCUCUCUCUCUCUCUCUCUCUCUCUCUCAUUCCGUCGAGUUUCACCUUCCGUUCUCACUUGCAUUUCUCUCAACUCUUUCCCUGCCACAGAAACGUCCGGCCGGACAACCUCUCUCAUCGGCUCUUUUACUCCAAUUCUUCACUGAUCAUCACAUUCGACCCCCACCAACUCAGUCGCGAUCCACCCAUGUUACUCCGAUAAGCCAUUGAUUGUCUUCUUUAUCAGUCAACAUGUUCCGAGUCAGUCCCUUGAAGCGAGUGUUUAUUCAGGUGUGGAAGCAGGGACAUGGGUCACAGUGUUGCCUGGGAGUCGCUGGGCCCAGGAAGAUCCAUUGCUGCAGUGUGCUAGGGGCAAAGGACCUGUCAUCGAAGCAGAACAAUAUCAGAUGUGUCAUAUUUGAUAUGGGUGGAGUUAUUCUACCCAACCCCCUUGGAGUUUUCCAGGAAUUUGAAGUAAGCAAUAACUUGCCUGAAGGGACCCUGCUUAAUGUCAUCAAAGAUGGUGGAGAUAAAGGGGCAUGGGCCUCGUUGGAGAAAGGGACCUUGACGUCUUCCGAGUUUGUGGAACAUUUUGGCCAAGAGUGUUCAGAUAAGAAUUCUACCUUGCGGUCCCAGAUUAUUGAGUCUGCUGUCGUGAAGUGUCGGAAACCUGACCCCAGAAUAUACGAAAUGUGCCUUAAACAACUGAGGAUGAGACCUCAACAAGCUGUGUUCCUUGAUGAUAUUGGGACCAACCUUAAGUCAGCCAAAGAACUAGGGAUUGAGACUAUUAAGGUGACAAGCCCAGAUCAAGCGGUGCAGGACCUGGAGAAAUUUUUGGGUCUCAGUCUUCAGGGCUACCUGAAGGGUACAAUAAGUGUACCUGAGAGGCUCCGCUUUUCCCGGGAAAACCUUGCUGCAUACCUCACUGAAAGCCUCAAUUUAACCCACCCAGGUACGCUGCCACAUAUACGCCUGUUUAAACAUGGAAUGUCCAACCCAACGUUUUACCUGAAAUUUGGUGAUAAGGAGUUGGUUCUGAGGAAAAAACCUCCAGGGAAACUGUUGCCAUCUGCGCAUGCUGUGGAUCGAGAGUUUCGUGUGAUGAAGGCCAUGGAGGAGCAACGGGUCCCCGUGCCUCCCAUGUUGGGAAUGUGCAGCGACACCAGUGUUCUGGGGACUGAAUUUUAUGUGAUGGGUUUGGUUCCUGGCGUCCUCUACCUUGACCCACUCCUGCCAAACAAGUCCGACCAUGAACGCCACAGCAUCUACACGGCCAUGAUCGACGCUCUCUGUAAGAUACAUUCUGUUGAUAUCGGCAAAGCGGACCUUGACAGCUUUGGGAAGAAAGAUAAUUACAUGAAGAGGAACUUCUCUCGCUGGAUGAAGCAAUAUGAAAACAGUAAAACUGAAGAAAUUCCAGCCAUGAAUGAAAUAAUCCGAUGGAUAUCCGAGAACCUUCCAGAGAAAGGAACAACAACAGUGGUACAUGGAGACUUCCGUUUAGAUAACAUCAUCUACAGUGAUAAAAGUGACGAUGUUUUGGCUGUGAUUGACUGGGAGCUCUCCACCCUCGGCGAUCCACUCUCAGACUUAGCUACCUGCUGUUUUAUGUAUUAUGUGCCAUCCAGGUUUCCAAUCCUGCCGGGUCUUAGUGACGUGGCCCUCACUCAGUACGGAAUCCCCACCAUUGACCAAAUCCUAGCCCAGUAUUGUUCCACUCGUAACAUUCCACCAAUAGAAAACUGGAAUUUCUAUGUUAUUUAUACAUUCUUCAGGUUUGCUGCAAUAUUACAGGGAGUCUACAAAAGAGCCACAAUUGGUAAGCAAGGAAUUAUAUUAUAUUCGGGGGUUUUAAUGUUGGUUUCUCUUUUCAGCUUUUUUACUCCUGUGAAGGCCAAACAGGAGGGUCUGUGGAAUCUAUUUCUGCCCCUAAAUAUCGAUGUUGGAGCCCAGUAUGCGGCUGGACUGACCAAUGUAGAAUAUACAUUCCUCUGUGAAUUGAUGGGGACAACACAGCUGGCCUCUGAGGUGUUUAAUUGUUCGGCUCCUGACACAGGAAACAUGGAGGUGUUGGUGAAAUAUGGGACUGAGGACCAGAAGAAGAAAUGGUUAACUCCUUUACUUGAUGGAGCAAUUAGAUCCUGCUUUGCUAUGACCGAACCCCAGGUGGCGUCGUCGGAUGCAACGAACAUUGAGUCCUCGAUUGUACGAGAUGGUGACCAUUUUGUCAUCAAUGGACACAAGUGGUGGACAUCAGGAGCCAUGGAUCCUCGCUGCCGUAUUUGCAUUUUCAUGGGCAAGACAAACCCCAAAGGUCCCAAACAUGCCCAACAGAGUAUGAUCCUGGUUCCUAUGGAUACAGAAGGGGUCAACAUACUCCGGCCUUUGUCAGUGUUUGGCUAUGACGAUGCCCCAGUGGGACAUGGUGAACUGGUUUUUCAGGACGUGAGGGUUCCCGUGGAAAACCUCCUUCUCGGUGAGGGCCGAGGUUUUGAAAUUGCACAAGGGCGAUUGGGACCUGGUCGAAUUCAUCAUUGCAUGCGUCUCAUUGGAAUGGCAGAGAGGGCUCUGUCCCUAAUGAUAACCAGGUCUUCUAACAGAGUUGCAUUUGGCAAACUCCUCUCAGAGCAAGGGUUGGUCCAAGCAGCCAUUGCUGAGAGUCGUAUUGACAUUGACCAGGCUCGCCUAUUGGUGUUGAAGGCUGCCCACAUGAUGGACACAGUCGGAAACAAGGUAAGUUCUCUCUUAUGUAACUUUUUCACUGUUAAUGUACCUAUUCCAGGGCUAUCAAUCUACCCCAGUGUUGUCAAUAUCCAUGGUGGUGCAGGACUCAAUUCUGACUUACCUCUCGCUUCCAUGUAUGCCUGGGCAAGAAUCCUCCGUCUCGCUGAUGGACCAGAUGAAGUUCACUUGCAGACCGUUGCUAAACUUGAACGCAAGAAAUAUCGGUGAUUGGAACCGGUGACUGCCAUCUCUGUAACAACGGGAAAACUUGCAUAGCACUUAUCAAUGUGCGUGUGUAUAUAUAUCUAUGUGUGUGAAAAUGUAUGAAUACAACUGUGUGUGUAUAUAUAUAUACAUAUAUAUUAUAUAUAUUCAUUAUGUCUCUCUAUAUAUAUAUAUGUAUAUAUAUGGGAGAAUAUACAAAUAAUAACAACAGACGAGGACAGGUGGUGUAAAUAACAAAAGUAUAUAUUAGUAUGACGCUCGGGAAUACGGAAAGUCUUUGACGUUUCGAGCUACGCUCUUCAACAGAAAGAAUACGGAGACAAGGAGAAAAACACGGAGGAAAAAAAAUUGAAUAGUGUUCAGUCAACGGUCAAUCAUAUAUAUACAUACAAUAUCAUUUGGAUAAUAACUGCAUAAUGUGCAUAUCAAAGUUUCUGUAUGGUGCUAUCAAAGCAUAUUAUUAUGUAAAAUAUUAGAUAAAUAAAUAUGAGUCAGCAAUAAUCAUGUACCUGCAUGUCAUCAGGUAGUAGUAUGAUAUGAAAAAGUCAGCAACUAACAGCUGUUACCAAUGCAAAGAAACAAUUGUUAGGAUUUGUGAAUAAAGCUUGUUCAUUCCCUCUUCUUUUAUCAAUUUUUGUAUAAUAUAAAGGUGUAUAUAUAUGAUAUGUAUAAAUACAUAUAUGUGUAUGUAUAUAUAGUAUAUAAAUACUUAUGCGUAUGUAUGUAUGUAUAUAUAUAUAUAUAUAUAUAUAUAUAUAGAAAUUUAAGGAAUGGAGAAAACGCAUGUUAUAAUUGCAUACUUUAUUCCUACAUAUGUUUCAAAGGAUUACAACUUGUGUGAUCCAUAGGGAUCUGUGAUAUUAAAAUUGUACAGAAUAUUAUCAGCUUCCAGAGUUUGUUAAAUGAAUAUGUUUGAUAAAAUAAAAAAUUUUUAAUACAC